AAAGCAGGAUAUGGAAGGGCCCUUUAAUGAAUGAGAGCGCUAGCAGAGAGCUACCGAGGGUGUGACUGAGGGCUAAUAGCUCUUGAAUGUCGUCUAAGGCAUUAAACCCGGCUGUGAACCUGCUCCGGGGUCUAAUAGAGCCUUUUUUUUAUUUUUGGAUCGUGACAUUCUCGUUUGCCCUUUCUGCGUCCUGUGAUGUGAAUGUGAACCUGCUCGCCUUUUCGCUUUUACCGGCUUGAGAAACAUGGACUGACCGCGCGGCUGGACGCAUCGACGACAGCAGAAAACCCUGAUGCUUCGAGGUUGUGGCCCAGUUUCCCUGGAUAACCUGUGAAAGCUUCGUCAUCAUCAUGACCAAAACGGACGAGAUUCCUGACUGGGUCGGCGCUCAGGAGUUCUACGACAAAUAUGACCCGAAGGAGAUUCUGGGAAGGGGGGUCAGCAGCGUGGUCCGCCGCUGUGUAGAUAAGCGCACAACACAGGAAUACGCAGUGAAGAUCAUAGACAUUACUCCGUCUGAUAAGAUGACACCUGCGGAGAUCCAGGAGAUCAGAGAUGCCACAGUGAAGGAGAUCGAAAUCCUCAAGAAAGUGUGCGGCCAAGAAAACAUCAUUCAGCUGAAGGACUGCUACGAGACAAAAGCCUUCUUCUUCCUGGUCUUUGACUUGAUGAAGAAAGGAGAGCUGUUUGAUUAUCUCACUGAAAAAGUCACACUGAGCGAAAAGGAGACCAGAAAGAUCAUGCGUGCUCUGCUGGAAGUUGUCCAGUACCUGCACUCCCAGAACAUCGUCCACAGAGACCUGAAGCCUGAGAACAUCCUGCUGGACGACAACAUGAACAUCAAACUGACUGAUUUCGGCUUCUCUGUGCAGAUCGCACCAGGACAAAAGCUCAAGGAGGUGUGUGGAACUCCAGGUUAUCUGGCUCCAGAGAUCAUUGAGUGCUCGAUGGAUCCUCAUCAUGCAGGAUAUGACACUGCAGUGGACAUAUGGAGCGCAGGCGUGAUCAUGUACACGCUGCUGGCUGGAUCUCCACCCUUCUGGCAUAGGAAGCAGAUGCUGAUGCUGCGGAUGAUCCUGGCGGGGAAUUACCAGUUCACAUCGCCGGAGUGGGACGACCGCUCGGACACUGUCAAAGACCUAAUUUCCAGAAUGUUGGUGGUGACUCCAGAGCAGCGCUGCACCGCCACAGAGGCCCUAAACCACCCCUUCUUCCAGCAGUACGUGGUUGAGGAGGUGCGACAUUUCAGCCCAUACAAGAAGUUCAAGGUCCUCUCUAUAACAGUCCUGGCCGCGAUGCGCAUUUACUGCAACUAUCGUCGCGCCAAGCCCGUAACCAAGGAGGUGAUCAAGAGCGAUCCUUACGCAGUGAAACCCAUUCGCAAGCUCAUCGACGCCUGCGCCUUCAAGAUCUACGGACACUGGGUGAAAAAGGGCCAGACGCAGAACAGAGCCGCCCUGUUCGAGAACACUCCAAAGGCCAUCCUGCUCUCCAUAGCUGCCGAGGCAGACGAUCCGGCGCUGCGAACGUGGUAGAGGAGAGCAGAGCCCAUUGAAAUGAAUGAAAAGGGAAAACAGGAGCUGAGGUGAACCAAACCUCUGUACAGAUACUCCAGCUAAAAUACUGCUUCAGUACAGCAGAACUGCUCUGUAUGUAUUCAUACUUGAGUUAAAGUACAAAAGUACUGGCUUUUAAAUGUACUUAUGUUUUAAAACAAAAGUUCUGUGAGUUGUUGCAGUGAUUCUGAUGAAUAAUUCCUAUUCAGGAGACCUGUGUGGCUGCAGAGAUUAACAGCUCACUCAGUUUUUAAGGUCUGCAGCCACACAGGUCUUAGAAAUUGUUCAUUAAAUACAAUGACUGCAGUGACUCACAGGACACUCUGAAGAUAAAGGUACUGUACAGGUACACUUUUAUUCCCAAACGAUAAAAAAUGUACCCAGAAAGAAACAAAAUCCCUAAAGGACCCAAAUCCUACAUUUUGCUUGUAUUUUUUUUCUUUACAAUGUUAUAACAUUCAUUUGAUUCAUUUUAUUACUGUAUCUUUAAGACAUAUUUAAAUAAUUUUCUGUUCUGAUUGGCUGUCUUGAAUUGCACCUUGUUUCAAUGUGAAUGUGUGGGGCUAAACUGCUGUAGGCUGAAUGGGCGGGGCUAAACUGCUUAGGCGGAAUGGGUGGAGCUAAACUGCUGUAGGCUGAAUGGGUGGAGCUAAACUGCUAUAGGCUGAAUGGGUGGGUCUAAACUGCUACAGACUAAAUGGGGGGGCUAGAGUGCUGUAGUCUGAAUAGCUGAAUAUAUGUAAGUGUAUUAGUUUUUGUGACAUCACAAAAACAGUGAAUUCACAACAGGCUGUUUUUGCAGUUUAGUUUCCAUACAUAGACUGUGUCGACUGGGCAGUACUUUUCUUUAUAUAUAUAUAUAUAUAUACACAUAAGAAAUUUAACUGCAGGAGAAUAUGGCACAGUUAGGUUCCCUAAUUAAAGGCACUGAAAACGUACCCUUAAGUGUAUCAUUGAGGUGACAACUGACAGACUGAUGGCUUUAACUCAAGUGAAAAUACAGAGGGAAUAGUUCUACAUACAGAAAUGAUGCAGAUGCUUGGUGUUUUGUCCACCCCUGAACAAGAAUGUGAUUGAGGAGAGGUGAACCUCCUCAUAAAGCAUGUCUAACUGUUAAAGUGUGUUAAACUGCACCUUUUUUACAUUUAUGCAAAGGGGAAAUAAUAAUAUUCUUGUUGUUAUUUAUUUGAAAUUAAACAGAGAGAUCUGAGUUUUACAGUUCAUCAAACAAACUGUAACAGUACAGUAAAAUAAUCUAUGAUCUUUGAUAUGGAAGCGUGGCAGUCAGGAUAUCCACAGCUUCACAACAGACUGGUGAUGCUGUAAUGUUAAAACUGUAUAAAGCUUUAUUUAAUAUUUAAUAAUUAAUAAAUAAGUGUAAUUUAUUUAAUUCACACCUAAAUAGCAGAGCAGAUAUCGAGGGUUCUAGAAUACAGUUGCAUGCAAAAGUCUGAACACCCCAAUCAAAUUACAUUCUUUAAGAUGUUAACACAUCCUCAACAGAGAACUUAAGUAUGGUGCAAAUUUUAAAAUUUUGCAGAAAUUCUACUCACAUGCUGAAUUAAACAUAUUGGAAAAAAUAUAACAAUAUAAAAUGUACCGUAACAUUUGCACAGGCCUCAUUUCAUGUUUUAUUCUUUUCCCAAUGUGUUGAAUUCAGCAAAUAAACAGUAGCUGUGCAUUAAAAUGUGCAGAAAUGUGUCUCUGAGGAUGUGUAACUUAUUUACACUCAGAAAAUCCACACAAAUAUGGAAUUCGACGAAGGGCGCCCAAACUUAUGCAUAUAUGGCUGAGCCAUCAUCUUUUACUGUUUUGUUGCUUAGCAACCUUAGUCUGCUGUUAUCAAACUACGUUGGUGUUUUUUGUUAUUAUUAUUAAUAGUAAAUUGCAUUAUUUAUUGAAUGUUGGUGUGUUUUAUCAUGUUAUAUUUAGUCAGCAGUUUCCAAAAGCAACAAGCCGCAUGAGGUCAUGUGUUUACAGUCAUAUUGCCACAAUUAAAGGGCAGUUUGGGCUAAAAACGCCCUUUAACCACCACUAUAACACACUGCCUGGAGUGAUUUAUUGCUGUUUAUAGACAUAUCAAGCCUUCGUUUUCUGCCUUAGAUAAAACAGAUUUCAGUGACGCUGAUGAAGCACUGAUACCAACUGACCUCAUAGUCAGUAUUAAUAAAGAGGUUCCAACAACCUGA